CCAUUCACCAAUGAUUUCGCUCAUGCAGAUAUUCAUGAGCUUCUCUCCCCCGAUCUUUUGCACCAAAUCAUCAAGGGAAUUCUCAAGGACCACUUAGUUGAUUGGGUGGAAGAGUACUUGACAAUCACACACAGUGCUCACCAUGCAGCCAAAAUUAUGGAUGAUAUCGAUUGCAGGAUAGCAGCAGUAGCCCCACUUGCUGGGUUACGAUGCUUUCCAGAUGGGUGCGGAUUCAAGCAGUGGACUGGCAAUGACUCUAAGGCAUUAAUGAAGGUACGCUGCAGUAACGCGUGCCUCGAUUUUUGUUAUCUUGUACAGCAUGAGGCUCUCACUGAAGACGACCUUCUACAUGUCCAAGAAGCCCUGGACCAUUUCCAUCAAUACCAGGAGAUCUUCAAGACAAGCGGUGCGACGAAGUCAUUUUCUCUUCCCCGCCAGCAUUCUAUGUGUCACUACAUCUUGAUGAUCCGACUUUUCGGGGCACUCAAUGGCCUUUGCUCCUCCAUAAUGGAGUCUAUACAUAUUAAAGCAGUAAAAGAACCCUGGCGCCGCUCUAGCAGGUUCAAGGCGCUUGGUCAAAUGCUGCUAACAAUUGAGGCACAUGGCAUGCUUCAUGGCUCUUGCCUCUCUGAAGCUUUGCGAGAACUUCAAAAAUGUGCGUGA